AGUUGCAAGUGCAAAACUUAACAAUUUUUCUCGCCUGGAGCCCACGCUUCACCUUCUUGGUGUACAGUUUAAUGAGAAUGUAGCCCAAGACAUCAUGACAGGACAGCAUGGGGCUACAACAAAGCUUUUAUAUGAAUUGUAUAUUGCUUUAGAGAAAAAAAGGAAGGCAAAGCUCACUGAAGUAGCCAUGGAAGCAAUGAGACCUGCAGCAACUGCAAAGCUUAAGUCUAUUGGAAGUGUUUUGUAUCGAGAGCGUUUGAAAACUUUAACACCACGUCAGGCUGACUUGCAACUACAGCAGAUUUCGGAGCAUUUUGAAAUGAAAUCUAAGGCAAUAGAAAAUAAAACAGCUCGUAUAUAUAUUGCAGAACAACAGAAAGUUCAGAAGCUCCAAGAGGAACAAAGAGCCCAAGACAUUGAAAAGCAUCGCAUAGGAAGAAGGAGACAAAAUGAAAUAAUGGCCAGGAUUCAAGCAGCCAUUAUACAGAUUCCAAAGCCACCACCAAGCCACACCAUAAAAGCUAUUGAAGCCAAAAAAUUCUUAAAGAAGAAAAGAGAAGCAGAGGACACAUACAAGGAGAUUAAAAAGUUUGAGAACAAUAUACAAGAAUCAUUGCAAACACAGAAGCUGCAAGAAACAACUCUAGAAACUACAGCACAGAAGGCAACUGAGCUGUUAAAUAUUUAUUCAGAUGAUGAAUAUAUAAGGAAAAUUCAAAAACGUUUAGAGGAAGAUAAGUUUGCUAGAGAACAACGAGAAAAGAGACGACGAAAAAUGCUAAUGGAACAGUUAAUAGCACAUGAAGCUGAAGAG